CCGGGACGCACCACCCAAAUGGCUGGAUUAUAUACAUAAGGCAGCUGGAGAAGGGCAGCCCAGCCUCUGGACUGGAGACGUUUAGGGCAGAGGACAGGGUAUGCCAGCCAUACCCGGAAGCAGGGAGGACCUUUACAAAUUUAUUUCCUUGGGGCAGAAGAGAUGACGUUAAGAGCUCUUGUAAAGGACCAUGGUCUGGUUUCCAGCUCCCAAGCCUGGAUAAGCUCUGGAUCUUGCGACCUCCGACCCGUCCCGGACAACCAAGAAGUUUUCUGCCAUCCCGUGACCGACCAAAGUCUGAUCGUGGAACUUCUGGAGAUGCAGGCCCACGUGCGGGGCGAAGCGGCUGCGCGGUACCACUUUGAGGACGUUGGCAGGGUGCAGGGGGCUAGGACCGUGCACGUGUUAUCUGUGCAGCCUCUCUGUUUGGAGAACUUAUCUCUGAGGGGCUGCUGUCAAGAUGCCUGGUUCCUUUCUGGCAAGCAGCAGGUAGCUAAAGAAAACCAGCAGGUAGCAAAGGAUGUCACACUACAUCAGGCGUUGCUUCGGCUGCCCCAGUACCAGACUGACCUCUUGCUCACCUUCAAUCAGCCCCCCAGGUCUCAUGGCCCUGAAAAUCUAUCAUGUCCACCUUGGAGCCUGGGUAACUUUGAACAACUGGUGACUAGUUUGACUCUUCAUGAUCCCAACAUCUUUGGUCCCCAGUAAAGAUGGAGGAGCACAACAUACUGAUGCUGAGGACUCAGGGACCUGGUUCUGAGAGGGGGAGUGUCUACUUCUUCCCUGGACAUAAACAUAAGACACCUCCUCUGCGGAAAUAAACUUGCUUUAUAAACA